AUGAUGAAGAGUUCCUACCGAGCUGGCCUCCACCGGGAACUGCUGAAUUCUACGUCCUCCGCCUUCUACCCAGUCAAACGAAUAUCUGGAAUGCACUUAAAGCCCUAUCUCAAGUUACAGAAGAAAGAGAGAUCUUUUGAAAUAAGCCUGGACUCUCCACGAAGCCCACCCAUGAGCGAGCAGAGAUUAGCGAAAGACGAAAAAACUAGGAACCCCAAACCAAAAUGUUUACCCAAUCCGCCUCUUUGGAAACCAUUGGGGAACCUCUCGACCAAUACACCCUAUAGUAGGAACAGCAACCAAAGCCAUGUGGAAGCACCCAGGGUCAAAGAGAAGAGAGCUACCCCGCCUGCCUCCAUCCAUCAGGGGGAAGAGGAAGAGGGACUGCUGGAUAUCUGGGCGGUUGUAAAGCCUGGGAACACAAAAGAGAAAAUAGCCUUUUUUGCAGCCCAGCUAUGUAGUGAGGCCCGAAUAUUUUCCAUGAAGAACAAAAGCACUUGGGACAUAGAUGGGCGAGCAACCAAACGCCGGAAAAAGUCACUAGAUAUCAAAAAGGCCAAGAUCCACUUGGAAAGGAUGAGAGAGGCCAAUGCGAGGUGCUACCAGCCCGAGCCAUUUGCCUGUGGCAUUGAGCACUGCUCCGUACAUAAUGUGAAUGAUGGUGGUGAAGGGGGGUUCCCUGUUCGACCGUUAUCAGUGGUUGAGAUGGUUGCUUUCCUGGAGCAAAGAGCAAGUGUUUUGCUGGCCAGUUGCACCAGAAACUGUCCCAGUGCCUCUGCUGUGCCCAGGUUUGCCGGGCAACCUAAGGCUGCUCCUUGUGCUCCUGGGUUCUUUUCUGACUUCAGGGCUUGCGAGGUUCCAUCUGAAAAGCCACCCUGUGGCAGUCACAGUAUAGAGCAGCAGGCUGAGCCAGUGCGUGUCUUGGAGAUGGUUGCAAAGCUUGAAUCGGAGUGCCUGAGGCGCCAAAGUGAACGUGAAGCAGGGAGCUUGUCUAGAAAUAGUAGCUUCCGGCGGAAUGUAGGGCGAGUGCUCCUGGCAAGUGGAAUACUACAAGAGAACGAGUCUGACAAGGUAUCAUCUCUGGUCCUCCACCAAGAAGAAUGUAAUGAUGAGAAGGUGGGGUGGGGAUCAAAGCACAAUGACUCUGUGGAAGAUUGUUUAUGCGAAGGUCCCUCUUCUGGCCAGUCUUCCUUUGAUGAUUCUCUUGAAGGCAACCAUGAUCUUAAGCAUGGGCAAGGAACCAUAUCCGUCAACUGGUAUAAUUCUCAAAACACCACUGAGUCACAUCCCUCUAAGUAUUCAGAAGCUGUUCAGACAUCUCCACAUUUCUUAUAUAACAAAUCUUCAUCAACUGAACGUACACCAAAAGAAUCCGUAGAUGUUCCUAAUUUGAAUUCAAAUGUGAGAGUGAGUGAAUCCUUGAAUAUUAGCAUAUCUGUCAGCAAGAUAGAUCAGAAUUGCAAAAAAACCCUGUCUUCUGAUUUGAGCUUUGGUGAAGAUUCUCUUCCAGGAAGACUUUUCUUGCUAUUAUCCAAAUGUGAAAUCUCCCAAGAGUGCCUGCAGUCAGUGGAGACUCCUACGCAGGAAUGUCCAGCAGGGACCCAAGGAAAGGAAGCUUCCUCUGCUGACCAAGUUUGUAUGAGAAGCCAUGUUUCAGGUGACUGCCCUGAUGUUUCCUCAGAGAACGCACUGCAGAUCCUUGACUCAUCUCAUCUAAAGAGGCAAAGGUCUCAUGACUUUUUGGAAACCAGGUUUAAGAUCCAGCAACUUUUGGAGCCCCAGCAAUAUCUGGUCUUCCUGCCCCACCACAUUAUGGUGAAGAUAUUUGGCUUAUUGCCCACCAAGAGUCUGGUGGCACUCAAAUGCACUUGUGGAUAUUUCAAAUUUAUCAUUGAGUACUACAAUGUCAGGCCAGCAGAUUCACGCUGGGUUCGUGAUCCACGCUACAGAGAAGACCCUUGCAAACAGUGCAAAAAGAAGUACGCCAAGGGCGACGUCUCGUUAUGUCGGUGGCACCCCAAGCCCUAUUGCCAAGCUUUACCUUACGGGCCCGGGUACUGGAUGUGUUGUCACAGAUCCCAAAAGAAUGUCCCCGGAUGCAAGUUAGGCCUCCAUGACAAUCAUUGGGUCCCCGCCUGCCAUAACCUUAAUCGUGCGAUUCACAAGAAAUCCAGGGAAAUAGAUGAGGACUGUUAGCACAUUCUGCACAUCUUUUGGGAGCCUCAAUCAUGGGUAGGAGGAGAAUUCCAUGCCUUGUGAUGUUUACACUGUAUGUAGUUGUUGGGUGGUUUUUCUUUAUUUUUCCACAGGGCUACGAAACUGCACAUACUUUAAAUCACAAAGGCCUUUUUACCUUUUAGAGAAAAGAUUGUGUUUAGCCCACCCGUGUACAUAAAGUGCUCUAGAAUAGCUUCAUCUUGGGUGUCUGACAGCCGGUUGACCAACAUCAAAGUGCUGCAACGCAGUACCUCAGUGUUUGCGGCUACAAGUCCUGUGUUUUAAAAGUGUCUCGUUUUCAAAUCUGUAUAUCAUGUAUAAAAUAUACAUUUAUAUAUAUAAAUAUAUAUAAAUAUAUAUUAACAUUGUUUCUGAAAGGAAACUCUAAAUAUGUAAAAAAUCAAUCUUCAAAAAGGAUGGUUUAACUGGACAACCUUAAAACGACUAGAACACAUUUGCGGUAGGUUAUAUUUGAGGGUGGUAGCAGGAAAAAGAAGAUUGUUGUUAUAUAACAAGAGAGCUCUGGUCUAUUGCAUCCACCUUAUCUUGGGUUUUUUUUUUACUUAAUAAAAUGUGCAUUCUAAAUCUGUC